AUGGUUGGUUCGUCCUCUGCCCCUACGUCUCGGCCACCCCCCUUCAACGCUCCGGCGAUUGAAGCCCCGCAAGCGGCCGUUCACAAGCUCUGUUGCGAUAUAAUCACUGAUCAGUUCGGACCCGCUGUAUCGGCAGUUGCUAGCUGCCUCCUCUCACGAGGACCUAUGAGGUUCCCGGAGUUGAGUAAAUAUGUCAACGAGGAACUGAGUUGGCCAUUGGACUUGCGCACGGAUGCGAAGGUUCCUCAUUCAAUGCAUGAAAUUACAAAUAGAAUGACUUGGUCGUGCAUCCGUGACGCGCUGAUGAUUCUACUGCAGAACAAUAUAGCAGUGUCUCACAUGGUCCGUCAAGUUCAAGUGCCAAGCCAAGAGAAAGCUGGGGCUCCACCGCAGCAUUUGGUCUUAUAUAGUGCAUCGCCCAGUGCCGUCAUAGCUCGUCUACGAUACCCCAGAUACAUGAAUCUCGUCCAACAACAGCUGGGUCGUCGCCGGCCAGUAGCUGUUCAUGUCAUGGCAGAGGUGCUGAGAAGGGGUAGGGUUCCUUGGGAUGAUCUGAUCGAAUUCACAGCAUUGCGAUGGCGAGAGUAUGUUGGGGAGCAUGCCCCGCCGAUGAGAGAAGUAAAAGCGGAUGUGGAGGCAGCUUUGAUAGAGCUCGUCACAAGCAGUGUGUUGUAUAGAGUGGAGCCAUGUGUGAGAGGUGAUCUGCAACAGAAAAUGGCAACCCCGCCGGGUACACCAGAAAGGAGCGACGGAGCGGAGUUUUCGGCAUCGUCCCCGGAAGAGGAAAGUCCGAUGAUACCCGAUAUAGGUGGAGGUGCUGAGGAAGAUAUUACAGCUGCGGAUGACCUUUUAAUGAUGUCACCAGAAUUAGCUCUUCUAGCGGGAGAACAACAACCUGGCGAGGCCGCCGCUACCGCACCAGCGAGGAGUAGGAGGAAGCCUACAGCGGCUAAGGCUAAGGCGGGUACGCGUAAAAGAGGGGCGACCGGCGGUGUUGCUAAAGGCCGAGAGGCUCGACAACAGAGUGGUAGGAGCCGAAGGUUGAUGAAGAAGAUCGAUGCAGUCCAGGUUGAGGGUGGCGGGGUCCUUCGGCCGAACCAAGUAGCUCUUGAUAUGAUGCUGGUUAAACAGCUUGCAGUGGAGUAUGUUGGGAAACGGAUGAAUCCAGCAGCGGGGAGGAUAUUUCAGGUGAUGUUGGAUGAAUCUGUGAAGCCUCCAAUGGGACUGAUGGACAAUAUGAAGUUGAUUGAUUGCACUACGGAUACCUUUCAAGUUGACGAUCUCCUAGAUUGGAUGACUCGUGGGCAUGAGUCGCCUUCCUCAUCCCCUUCAUCGUCUCCUGCUUCUUCCGGCAUUGGCUCAUCGGCCUCGGCCACUAUGAAUCGACAACGUGAUGAGUUAAUCAAGUACCUCAACGUCUUCAGCAAGCAUCAGGAUGCUCUGGUCCUCUGCACUAACGCUGCCGCCGCUGCUGCUGCUACCGCGAGUACUGGUGCGAAGCGGAAGACUUCUAAAAAAGCCGCCGCAACUGCAGCGGCUACUGCGAUGGCAGCUAGUGGGCCGGCUAGCUACCGAGUUGAUUGGAAGAACGUACUGGCGAAGCUUACUGAGGAGUUGACACAUGCGAUACUGACCGAGAAGUACGGUGUAGUGGGAGCUCGGGUUUAUCAGUAUUUACUAACGACGGGUUACAAGUCGGAAACUAUUCGUGUAGCGGAGCGAUGCAUGAUCGAUCGAGAGGAGUGCCAGAUGCUCCUACAUCGACUGCAUUCAGAGCACAUCAUUAAGAUCUCUGAGGUGCCGAAGAGUGUGAUAGCCCCGUCGUUGAAUCAGCAGGCAAGUAUCAUCUCGUUUUGGCUCUAUUACCUGGACCCGCCGACCACGAAAAUGGCGAUGAUGGAAUUGGUCGCUCGAGCGGCGUUGAACAUGAGAGUUCGAUUCCGGCAUGAAGUGGCGAGGGCGACGAUGGAGGAACGGAACGAUAAUGAGGACGUUAACCCCGAGGCUCGCGCUCGCAAUGAGGCUCUUGCCGAGGCAGUUGAUGCCCUUGAUUGUGCUUCUAUUCACGUUGAUACCGGACUACUAUUAUACCAGCAAUAG